AUGUUGUCGCCGCCAAAGGAAUCAGAGCGUCUACGGAUUGCCGUGGCACUAGCGGUUUUGAGAUGCAAACCCGUUAAUAUGACUUGUUUCGCUUAUAUUCAAAGUUUGAGGGAGUCGUUCCCCCGGAGCCAGUCCCAAAGCUUGAACGGAAAUGGGGAUGAUGGUGGAUCUGAGACUAACUGGAAAGAACACGCGUCUAAACUGGAGAAGGAAUGCGAAAGGUUGAAACAGGAGCUGGAGGCUAUGGAAAUUCAAAUGUUCCUGGCCAAAAAUCAGGCUAAAGAAGCGCGAGAAGCUACCCCGCAGACUAUGGAGACUCCGAGCACUGCACCUGAAAACCAGAAGAAGGGAAAGCAAAAACAGGUAGCAGCUUCAGCACCAGAGGAAAAUAUUCGUCGGUCGCAAGUUUCUUCCGAUUUAAAGAGUGUGCUCAAAAGUAUCGAGAACGGUGGAGAAGCUAGUAAGAUUUUUUCUAGUAAAACGCGACUUUUGGAGCUUCUCGAUACACUCUUUGCCUUGUUGGCACACCAUGGUGGGCCCGAGUUUCCACAGAACGCGUUCCUAUCCGCUACUCGUCGCGCUAUUGAUGCCAUCUCUGUUUCUUUGGACUGCACUGUCAAGGACAAUAUGAGUCUUGAUCGUAUUCAGAUGCUGGAUAGCUUAUUAGGCGUCGUCAUCGAGAAGUCGCUUCCAAUAAUAAUGUUCACCUCGGACGCGUCUCGCAAGACUGCAGCUUCUGAUGCAGGCGAUGACAUCACUCCCCUGGCCGCAUUUCUGAGCCAACUCUCGACUACGGUUCUGAUGCCUAUACUUCGCUCAUUUUAUAUGCUAUCCGAACGACUUCUGGCGACGGUGCUACUGGAGAAGGGGCACAACGGACGUCGCUCGAAAUCCAGCGCCGACAAAGAAUUAACUGGCAAUGGCGCUAAAAAUGCGGAUGGAAGGCCGGCGCUACUGGCAUUCUUUCAUGGUGCACUUAAUACGACGUGCACCACUGUGUCCUCAUUAGCGCAGGCCCAUGCUGGAACUAAGCUCUCGGCGAAGGCAAGUGCAAAAACUAGAGAAAAAGCUAGGACACAGAAAGCUCUUGCCAGAAAUAGCCUGGUGGAAUUGUCCCUCCUGCACCACGAUUUAUUGUUUGAAGCAAUUCGAUUUUUGGACCGAAUGUUUGUCGAAAAUGCAGCGAAUGCGACGACAAAAUCAGGAACUAAAGAUUUUGGCAGUAAUCCUUCGAAACGCAGUCGGGUUCUGCGACUUGUAAUCAAAGAUACAAUUUGGUAUCUCUGUAGCGUCAUGCAUGCUGUCAUCAACGCUGAGGCCGGCGUCUCACGACUCCUCGACUCGGACAACUUUGCUCCUCAGUGUUCUGUGAAUUCUCACAAUUCUCAAUUAGCAGAUUUGCCCACGGCUCGGCUUCGCAUACGGAAAAAAACAACCUUGGAGAGCUUUUUGGGGCUCGUUGCUCUGCAGGAUCUUUGCCAUGAAUCUCGGACUGGAGGAUGGCAUGCCAUGACUUCAGAUAUGCAUUCGGGGGAAGCACCUACCGGUGGAUGUGGAGGUGGUGAAUGUAUUGAUAACGAGUUGCACGGUGCCCCACUGCGUAUGCUAGAUAAGGAUCGGAUUCAGGGUGGGGGUGCUAGGGACGGUACUGGCAACAUGCAUGACUCUGGAUCUGGGCCAUCGUCAUCAUAUCUGGAAAAUAAUCGGGGAGCUGGACAGAAAGAUGAGGAUGCUGCUGCCUGCUCUAGCUCUGGCUCGGGGUCCGGGAUUGGUUCAAUCCCUGUCCCCGCUGCUCGAACGCCUGUCUUGCUCGAUGACGUGGAACGCAGGAUGAUUCUACGCGUCGUGGAAAGUUUUUUUAAUAUCAUAUAA